GUCACUACACAAUGAAUGGACACUGUAUGCGCACGGGCGAUUAUUAAAGCGUCAUCACAUUUUGGAUUUAUGCAUUUAUCGCUCGGAAUCAGCGAUGACGUGGCUCCUGGCUUGGGUUCUGUUAGUCACUGGUAUACUUCAGAUUCAGCUGGCUUUUGCCCAGGAUUCCUCUAAGAUGCUGCACGUAACGGAGUCCGACAACCGCACUCAGUACUGCCAAUGGCCCUGCAAGUGCCCUAAAUCUCCUUCCACCUGCCCACCAGGUGUCAGCCUGAUCAUGGACGGCUGUGAAUGCUGCCGAGCUUGUGCCAAACAGUUGGGGGAGGUCUGCAAUGAAAAACACAACUGUGACCAUCAUCGCGGCCUUUACUGUGAUUACAGCGUUGACAAGCCGAGGUACGAAAAAGGAGUUUGUGCAUAUCUGCCAGGCACUGGUUGUCAAUACAGUGGUGUAAUCUAUCGCAAUGGCCAAAGCUUCCAGCCCAGUUGCAGAUAUCAGUGUCUGUGUGUAAAUGGGGCGAUUGGCUGUGUUUCACUGUGUCAUGAGUCUCAGCCCCCCAGAUUGUGGUGCCAGAACCCCCAACGGGUCAAAAUCUCUGGUCGCUGCUGUGAACAGUGGAUCUGUGAUGAGUCUGUGAGGGGGCGCAAGACAGCACCACGACACACAAUAGCUGGUCUCUCUAGAGGAAACGAGGACUCGAAUAAGAACUGUGUGACCCAGACCACCUCCUGGAGUCCCUGCUCAAAGACCUGCGGCCGUGGCGUGUCUGCACGCAUUACAAAUAAAAACAAGCAGUGUCAGAUGGUGAAAGAGAGCAGACUCUGUAAAAUACGGCCCUGCGAAGUGGACAUCACAAAGCACAUUAGGCCUGGAAAGAAGUGUUUAAACAUCUUCAUGGAUAAGCAGCCACACAACUUCACCAUCUCAGGCUGUACCAGUACAAAGUCUUACCAGCCCAAAUACUGUGGAGUCUGUACAGAUGAGCGCUGCUGCAUCCCUUAUAAAUCUAAGACUGUCGGGGUUGAGUUUCAGUGUCCUAACGGAUCCGGCUUCACCUCGCACGUCAUGUGGAUAAAUGCCUGUUUUUGCAACCUGAGCUGUAGGAACCCCAAUGACAUAUUCACAGAUCUCGAACAAUACUAUGAGACGCGUGAGAUUGGGAAUUGAAAGUAUUUAUUUGAAAAACUGGUGAAGUCAUGGCAUGGUUUUUGCUGAAAAAUAAUUGCAUUUUUGUGGGCUUGAGAUCCAUUAAUUCUUUUGGUAACACUUUACAAUAAGGUUGUAUUUGUUAGUAAAUGCAUUAGCUAACAACGAACAAUUUCGUUUUUCAGCAUUUAUUAAUCCUUGUUAAUGUUAGUUAAUGUCCAUAUUCCAUUAUUCAUGUUAGUUCAUAGCUAAUGCGUUAACAAAUUGUUAACCAAUAUUGAACAGUAUUGUAAAGUGUCACCUUUUUUUGUAAUAAGUAGGCAAGAGAUUUUAUUUGAUUUACCACCAUAUUUGCUCUUUCGAUUACAUUUGCAAAGUUUUAAAUGACAAUAAUUGUUGACAUUUUAUCACCCAGGAUAAAUAUCACACACAAAGACAAUCUCCCUUUGACAACUGAACUGUUUUUAUGUUUAAAGAUAUGCAAGCUAUGGUGUAAAUAUGUAUAUGUAAAAAGACAAGCUCUUGUUGAGCUACAAACUUAAUUUAUAUAAGAUAAAAUGUAUUGUGCUCUUGAUAAUGUAUAUGGAAGCAUAUUGGUAGCAAUUAUCAAAUUGAAAUGCAAUUUGCAAAAUGGCAAUGCAGUAUGUAAAAUGACAAUGCAUUUAUGUCUUUAAAUAUACAUUUAAAAUAACAGAUGUGCAACAUUAGGUGCAAAAUGAAAAUGAAAUUUCAAUAACACAAUUGACAUUUGUCCGUUCCUAUACACUAUUUUUAAUAUGUAUUUUGAAAUGCAUAUUUUAACGCUCUUUAAAUUGCAAAAUUAAAAUGCAUUCCCCGGAUUGAGUAUAUGUGUUUAAGAUAGCCAAGCAAAACUGUUGCAAAAUGAUCAUUCAAAUGUUAUUUUCCCUAAAUGCAUUAACAUUCACGGGUUGAACAUUUUGGAUUGCAUUUUCAUUACACAGCGCGGCGAGUGUUGCAAAAUUCAAUGUGGACUUGAGAAUGCAUUU